AUGAGCGCAGAAGAAGAGACGCCUUUAUUCUCGGACAGCACCGGCGAAGCGUUAAACGCGUCCGCCUGGAAUUUGGUCCGGGAAGCGACCGCGUCGGCGACGAACGUAAACGCAGAGAACGAGGACACGAACGACGAUCCUGCGUCCAUGCGAUGGAUUGAACCUGUGAAAAUGACACCUGGUAAACACAAAUACGUUUUGAUGAAAGUCUAUAACGAAGAAAAUGGAGAGAAAAAGUUCCUCGUCCGGUCGUACGCGAGGUGUUCGUACCACGCGGAGAACUUUCGAGAGGCGGUCGGUGAACUGAGAAAAGACGAGCGGAUGGCGACGUUGAAAGCGCACGUCAUCGGGGGGGGAAGGAUAGAGUACGACGAAGAGAAGAAACGCGUGUUCGUGUACGGAUACUCGAUGACGUUCGGGAGAACGCCCGGGUGUAACAAAAAGACGAUGGAAAUCAUUCGGAAACGCUUCGCGGAGGAGGACGGCGACGGUCCUCUCGCGGAGUGCGAAUGGUCGGACGAGGGGUAUUAG